UCAUUUAAAUCUCAAUGCAUGGAUAAUUCAAUAUUUGUGAUAUGGCACAAAAAAUGUGAGAUUUUAUUGGUAUUUAUAUGAACUUUUGCUGGACAUUAUAGGUUUCAGAAAGAUCAACACAGAUUCUAUUAGGAAUAAUGUGGAAUGAUUAGACAAAAUUGUUUGAGUGCAUAUGACAAGGAUUUACAAAUUCACAAGAAAACGUAGACUGUAGAAACAACAGGGAUAUGCAUUGAGAAGAUUAAGGUAGAAAGAGAUUAAGAUCCAGUAAGGAUUAACUUGUGGCUUUCAGGAUUAACUCGUGAGUUUUUUGGAUCAUUAUUUACCAUUUGAAAAAAGAAGCAGUUUUCAAGAUGAAUAAAACACCAAAGAUUAAGAGACAAGAGCCUGUGUUUAAGACUCCCAUGACUUACAGUCCUAGGAUUGUUGGUAACAAGCCAGUUCCUUCACCAUCAAGGGCAGAGAUAUGGAAGCAACAGUUAGGAUUUGAUGUUGACCCAGAAGAAGGGGAGACAACAGAUUCAGAAUCAGAAGAUGAAACACGAAAUAAAGAGAAUGAAAACUUCUCUGUUGUGGAAUAUCAUGCACUGCAGAGAGAAUUGGACGAAAGGAAUACACAGAGAGAUGAACUGUUGUUUAAAAUAAAGACUCUGACAGAUAAGAACAAGCAUUAUAAAUCUCGUCUGGAGAAGGAGGAGAUAACAAAACGACAACAGAUGAAGAUCCUGUGUAAAAGUCAGGAAACACAACUCCAAGAGAAAGAUAACCUCAUCGGUAAUCUACAAAGUAUUAUCGAGGAACAUGAGGAACAACUCAUUGACAUGGAACAGAAAAUUAAUGGUAAUAUGAAUAGCGUUCCUCCAGGCAGUUAUAAACAACCUUCAUCUGUUAAACUUAUAGAAGACAUCAAGAGACUACAGAUAGAGAAAACAUCACUCACAAAUAAACUUGAAACACUUACAUCAGAAAUGGAAAAUCAUUCUUGUACCUCUAAGGGAGAUAACUCUAGUGACGUUAGUGACUUGCAACAAGUUAUAGAAAGACUGGAAGAUAAAAAUCAUAAAUUAGACCAGGAAUUACAGUUAUAUAAAAGUCAUGAAAAUGAUAAUACAGGGCCGUGUCAUACGGACACAGAAAAACAAGUGGAUAAAUUACAGACUGAAAAUGAUAAGUUACACGAAGAAAUAGAGGACUUAAAACGGACAAACAGUCGGACAUCAGAUCUGUUCAAACUGAGUACUCAGGAACAACAACAAUUGCAGGAUGAUCUAGUCAAACUAAACUCAGAAAUCAAAAUAUUUGAUGAAAAGAUAACAAAAAAGAAUGGUGAAUUACAUAAAUUACAGGCAAGACACAGGGAGGAAGUCAGUGAUUUGAAAAAUCAAAAUCAAGAGUUGUCACAGAAAGUUAGGAAUCAUCAGGCUGAGAUAAUGUCACUGCAGGCAAAAAGUCCAGAAGUAGUGACUAAAAUAAAGAAGGUAGAAGUACAGAUAGAAUCAGAACAGUUGAAAAGUUCUUACCUCUCUUGUCAACAAGACAAAGAUGUCUUACAGUCCAGACUGACCAGUGUCCAGUUAGAGAUUGAAGAGUGUAAACAAAAAUUGACAUUGUCUCAUAACAAUAAUACUCAAUUACUUGAACAGGUACAACAUUGGCAGAAUCAGUAUUCAAAUCUAGAGUCAGAAUCAGAAGUAGCUCUUCAGGCAGCAGCAGAGGACAAGGAGAAGACAGUAGCAGACGUUAGAGAAGCCAUGAAAUCAUCCAUGCAUAACCUACAGAACCAGUAUGAUGUUAUGUGUCAAAAAGUCGGUGUAUUAGGGUCAUUGUAUUCUGAUCUGACUGAGUCAUAUAUACUGAUAGAAAAACAGGCUAAACAGUUUCCUAAAAUCAUAAAGAAAACUGUCACUGAUGUAACAAAACAGACAACUAAAGCAAUUGGUGAAAUAAAUGAAUACAACAAAGAAUUGGUGAAGAAAUAUCAUAGAGAGAUGUAUUUAAGGAAGAAAUACCAUAAUGAACUUGUAGAACUAAAAGGUAAUAUUAGAGUGUUCUGUAGAGUAAGGCCAAAAAUCAGGGAGGAUGGUAGUGGUACUAUGGCAAAUGAUGUUAUAGAUUAUGAUAGAGAUGAUGAUGGAUUGUUAUAUGUGGCCAACAAAGCCCGGACUCAGACAUUUGAAGUAGAUAAAGUCUUCACACAGACAAGCACACAGGAAGAGGUCUUUGAUGAAGUAAAGGCUCUAGUAACAUCCUGCAUUGAUGGUUACAAUGUGUGUAUCUUUGCCUAUGGUCAGACAGGUUCAGGGAAAACAUUUACUAUGGAGGGACCACAAAGUGAUCCAGGUAUAAAUCAACGAGCAUUGAAAGAAUUAUUCAGUGAAACGUCAACCAGGGGAGGCGACUGGCAGUUUACAGUUACUGUCAGUGCUAUAGAAAUCUAUAAUGAAAUGAUCAGGGAUCUGUUAAGCGAUGAUCCGUCCUAUAAGAUGGAAGUGAAGAUGAACCCAGACGGGGGUGGCCUAUAUGUACCUGGUCUGUCGUUUGUUGAAGUCAGUACUGUAGCAGAUGUUAAUGAGGUAUUUUCAAUUGGUCAGAAGAACAGAGCAACAGCAACAACAAACAUGAAUGAACAUUCGUCCAGAUCACAUGCAUUACUAUGUGUAACUGUUACAGGGGUCAAUAGGACAACAAACACUAAAACUAGCGGUAAACUGAACCUGGUAGAUUUAGCAGGAUCAGAGAGAGUGAGUAAAUCAGGAGCUGAUGGUACUCGACUGAAGGAAGCUCAGAAUAUCAAUAAAUCUCUGUCUUCCCUUGGAGAUGUUAUACAUGCCUUGAGGUCUAAACAGAAUUUUGUACCCUACAGAAACUCUAAGCUCACAUAUCUGUUACAAGAUAGUUUAGGUGGUGAUAGCAAGACUUUAAUGAUAGUACAGGUAGCUCCUGUCGAGAAAAAUGUGGCAGAAACUAUCUGUAGUUUGAACUUUGCUCAACGUGUCAGAAGUGUGGAAUUAGGUCAAGCUAGUAAGAAGGUGGAAUCUGGAGACAUAGAGAUGGAUACGGGAACCAGUACACCCAGUAAACCAUCAACUCCAUUGAAACAGAACAUUGGCGGUUCAUCCUAUACACCCAUAAAACAGACCAGCGGUACGCCAACACUUCGAAAUUAUACUGGUACCCCUAUAGGAAGUACCACACCUAACCAGCCAACACCAAAUAAAGGGGGUACACCAGUUGCCUCUAAAUAUCCUAGAAGAAAGUGAUCAAUUUAUAGAAACAUAAUCUGCAAUGAAAAGAUAAUCUCAGUUAAAUUCCGAGGUGGAAAUUAAGCUACUAAUAUUGUGUUCAAUUUAGAUGUAUACAUUUGUUUUGUUUUCAUUUUUUAUAUAAUGUUAUUUUUUAUCUCAUAAGCUUGGUUUAAAUAUGACAAAUUUUAUAUGACAGUUAAAUCAUUCCCUUAAGGUGGUACAUAACACUAUAGGGAGAUAACUCUGUAAAAAUCAGCUGAACGUUUUAAUCACAUUCUAUUGUUAAGGAAAUAUUAAGCUUCUCAAUGAUCAAAAUUAGUGUUUGUCAAACUGCUAUAUAUCCAAUGAAAUUUUUCCGAUAAAAUGUUUGGUUCAAGUUUUUUGAAUUUUUUAUAUUUUUGUCAAAGGGUCGAAGUAAAUAUUUUGUCAAAAUUUUAUGAAAAUUAAACGAACCAAAUUAAUUUUAGUCAAGGUGUUUGGUACCACCUUAAGAUGUUCACAUGUUUCAUAUAUGAUACUUAUAUAGUGUAUAGUAGGUAAAGUUAUGUGAAAGAAAGUACGUAUAAAGUUGACAAUGAUUUAGAUAAUGAAAUCCUGAUUUUAAGAGGAAAAUUUGCCAUUUUUCCCAUAAUUCAAUAUCAUUUCAUAUUUUACACUAUCACAUAAUUCCUUCAGAAGUUUUAAGUUUUGUAAUUGCCUUAUUUUCUUUAUUUUCAUGUUAACAAAAAUAUGUUGAGUAUAGAUAUGUACAAAAAGAUAUGUAUAUAUUGAAGUAGAAAGUAAUCAUGUGCUUAGUGCUUUAUGAAUAUGUGCCUUGUAUUGAAAAAAUAGUGAUAUGACAAAUGUAUAAAGAUUUUAAUUACGAAAUGACUUUGUUAAGAAUAAUGUGAUGUCUUUGACAUUGUAAUGAAUCUUGUGGUGUGUAUAGAGUUAGAAUUUAGGGGCCUUUGUUUUCCGUUGCGUGGACCUUACAUUUAUCAUUUAAAAGUUCACACAUAUUUUACUUGCCAACUUUAAAAAAUUAAGGAGGGAAAUUCACAAAUUCUUUUUCCCCCGCUGGUCUUGAGUGUAAAAUAAAUGUCUUUUUAAAAAUUUAUUAUUUCAAAGUAAUGUAAUGGUUUUAAGUUGUAGAUAACGUUUACGGUUUUCAAUUAUAUUUGAAACUUUGUGUAUAGCUAUGUUGCUUGUUGCAAAUAUUUGCCAUAAAACCCUAGUCGGAGAAAAUGGGUCUAGUCAACAUCAAGAAUUGUUAUGUAUGAUGUAGUUACAGGUAGAACUUAGAUAACAUUUUAGAUUAGUAUUGGUUGAAGUUGUUUUUUGCAUACUUUUUUAUUGGUUUUAUUUUUAUGCCCCCGCCGUAGCGGAGGGGGCAUUAAGUUUUACCCUUGUCCGUCUGUACGUACGUCCGUCCGUACGUCCCGAAAUUGGUUUCCGUUCUCUAACUUCAGUUUGCCUCAACCAAAUGUUAUGAAACUUAUACACAAUGCUUAUUACCACAAAACACAGAUCAAGUUUGAAUUUUGGUGGCGUCACUUUAACCGAUCUAGAGUUAUGCCCCUUUAUAAAAGGAAAUAUUGCAAAAUUUUUAGUUUCCGUUCUCUAACUUAAGUUUGCCUCAACCAAAUGUUAUGAAACUUAUACACAAUGCUUAUUACCACAAAACACAGAUCAAGUUUGAAUUUUGGUGGUGUCACUUUAACCGAUCUAGAGUUAUGCCCCUUUAUAAAAGGAAAAAUUGCAAAAUUUUUAUUUUCUUCUAAAUAUCAAGUUUAUAUAAUAUAUUUUUAAAAUUGGAGUUAUCUUCCUUUGACCAUGAUUAUAGUUGAAUCAACUACAAUCAUUGCUUUAUACAAUGCAAUGUUUAAUUUUGACUUCCACUGAUAAAACACAGAUCAAGUUGAAUUUGGGUAGUGUCACUUUAAUCAUUAUUGAGUUAUGCCCCUUUAUAAAUAGAAAGAUUGCAAAAUUUUUUAGUUUCCAUUCUGUAACUGAAGUUUUCCCCAGCCAAACAUUAUGAAACCUAUACACAAUAUUCAUUACCACAAAACUCAGUAAGGAUCAAGUACAAUUUUUUUGUUUCAGUUCUCUAACUUGAGUUUGCCUCAACCAAAUGUUAUGAAACUUAUACACAAUGCUCAUUACUACAUAAUACAGAUUAAGUACGAAAUUAGGUGGCAACACUUUUACCAUUCUAGAGUUAUGUCCCUUUAUAAACAUAAAAAUUGCUGAAUUUUUUAGUUUGUCUCAACCAAAUGUUGUAAAACUUAUACACAACCGUUCUAGAGUUAUGAGUGUUUACAAAUAGAAAAAUUGCUGAAAUUUUAGUUUCUGUUCUCUACUUAAGUUAGCCUCAACCAAAUAUUAUGAGACUUACACACAAUGCUUAUUACCACAAAACUCAGAUCAAGUUCAAAUUUGGGUAGCGUCACUUUUACCGUUCUUCAGUUAUGUCCCUUUAUAACUAUAUGAUAUGCAAGCGGGGGCAUCAUCUGUGUCCACAUGUGGACACUAUCCACAUUUAUUGUUUAAUAUGUCAAGUUAGACACCUACAGGUUAACUUAAAAGAACAUGACCCUUAAUUUGUUAUUUUUUACUUUUUUGAAUGUCAGCAAUGGAAUUAGAUUUUUUUUAAAUGAUGUUACUUGUAAGGGAAAGAAGAACAUUCCUGCAUUUAACUCUUUAAAAACCAGCUGAACGAUUUAAUCACAUACUAUUAGUAAAGAGAAAUCAAGCUUCUCAAUGAUCAAAAUUAGUGUUUGUCAAACUGCUAUAUAUAUCCAAUAAAAUUAUUCCUGUAAUUUGUGUGAUUCAAAUUUCUUGAAAUUUUUUGAAUUUUUGUCAACAGGUUAAAAAUAAAUAUUUUGUCAAAACUAUAUGAAAAUUAAACGAGCCAAAUUUAUUUUAGUCAGAUAGAUGGGUACCCCGUAAAAACAAAUUAUUGUAAUUCUUUCUUUUCUCUUUUUUCUAAAUCAAGAAUAACUUGACCUUUAUAACAAUGUUCUCAACCAACUGACUUUCUCUCACUUGACCAUUAAAAAAUAUGUAAAUUGGUUUCCAAAUGCAAAGGAUUUCCUUAACUAGUUAAAUUUCUUUUUUUUUCAUGAUUAUUUUGUGUGUGUCGAUUUGAUUACAAAAGAACAUUUAAAAAUAAAGCAAUGCUGUACUAUAGAGAACUCUCAUCAACUUUAACUUUCCUUGUUUUCAAUUAAAAACAUUUAAAUGAACAGAAAGAUAACUCUUGAAAUAAAAAAUAAUUCAUAAAUUAAGAAUUUACCUACAAAAUGAUCCAUAAUCAUAUAAUAAUAUGUGGAUAGUCAUUUUAGUUGUAUAUCACUGGAACAUUUAUUUCAAUAUGUCAUCCCAUAAAUCAGUUGAAAAUGAAGUAUAUUCAAUGAACUAUGAAAUCCAUAGAAAUGAUGAUCUUUUUAUAACAUAGAAUUUAAUUGCUUUAAAUGUUGAUCUUUUGUUUGAAGUCUGAAUGUUAAGUAGCCACUCACUCAGUCUUUGCUCUAUAUCUGUAGGGUAAGACAUGGAUGAUUUCUGUGACCAACUUUCAGCUCUGAUCAGACUCAAUGUUACUGUGCAUAAGCAAAUAAUGUUAAUAAUGUAUAUUUUUUGGGAUAGUACAAUAUAUUGGUGAUAAACAAUGUAUGUUAAAUUAAAUUAUCAACUUAUGAUAAAUUUUGCAUGAAUUCUUAAAAAAAAAUUCAAGAUAUUAAUGGCAAAUUUCCUGCUAUGUCAGAAAUUGAUGCUAGCCCACGAUGCAUUAUUACUCCAAUAAACAUACAAAAAAUGUUA